AUGGGACCAAAGCCGAAAGGUGGUGGUGCUCCGCCGGUGACCCUUGACUUAACGGCGGCAGAGUUGGAUUACCUCGCUCAACAAUUGCUCUUUGACUCUCAUAUUCAAACUAUGCGUGAGUCUGUAGAGGAGAUUCGUGCAUCUCAAGCAUCACUUCGUGCCCAAAAUGAUGAAAUCCAGAGUAGAAACGCUGAGAUGCAGGCUCGGUUGCUUGAUGAGCUUCAUCAGCUUCGGCUUGCUUCUUUACGACCGGAGAACGAUCCAAAUUCUCCGAACAAUCUUCGUUUUGGCUCUCUACCUCUCUCUGUAGCAGGUACCCAAGGACCUCUUUCCUCCGAACCCCUUCUGAUAGCUGGCGUGGGAGCAUUAAGUACUAUGUCUGAAGGGGGUCCUUCUGGGUUUGCUCUCCCUAGCACGGAAAUUCCUUCUUCUCCUGUCUCUGUACCGCCUUCACCACCCUCCUCACAGGUAGCUUCUGGUGGUAGUAUAAGUCAACAAAGAGGUAAAUCCAUUGCUAGUACUAUUGCUUCUACUGAUGUGGCUCCUCGAUCUGUGGGUAAUAGAGAAAGGUUAAUGGGUGAUGCUUUCAGAGCUAGAGAUAGGGAAGAACGACAUGACUAUGGUGGAUUUCCUUACCAAUCUAAUUUCUAUCAGCAUACCAUAGCUCCCAAUCAUUUUACUGAUAUACCUACUUAUAAUUCUCAAUUUAUUCAUGUGAAUCAUUACUUGACAUCACAAUUGUCUACUCAACCCAUACCAGCUCAGGCUUCAUCCACCUAUUCCACCAUUUCAACACCGUACUCUCAUUUUGAACCUUCACAAUUUCCGCAAGCACAGCAUGCUCACUAUCUUCAUCCCCAAAAUCAUCAUGUUAUUCAAGGACCACAGUUUCAUUUACAACCUGAGAUGGAUCCAAAUCUUCCAACUAUGCGGCAAAUGAGGUUGGAGUUUCAAACUUUUAGUGAUGGUGAUCCUCUACAAUGGCUUAAUAAGGCAGGACAAUAUUUUGAGUUGUAUCAAAUUCCAGAGGACAAAAAGGUUUCUAUUGCAGCUAUGUAUCUCACAGAUGAGGCAGCGGAUGUGUGGCAUUUGUUCAGACACCAAUAUCCUGGAAAUUGGCGUGGCUUUGCUGAACUCUUAAUGCGCGAAUUUGGCUCCCAUAACCAAACUGAUUAUCAGUCUGCCUUAAUUAGACUGAAGCAAACUGGUACAGUGAGUGAAUUUAAAUCUCAGUUUAAUAAGUAUGCAAGAAGAGCUCCAGGAUUUUCAGAUGACAUGUUGCUCGCCUGUUUCGUGGGAGGACUCAAGGAAGAUAUUCAGGUUGAUGUGCGAGCAAUGAGGCCAACUUCCUUGUACCAGGCUUAUGAGUUGGCCAUGAUAUUUGAAGAAAGACAUGCUGGUCAUAGAAGUACGAGGUCAUUUUCACAAAGAUCUCAACUCUCAAAUCCUGUUGUCGCACAUAGAAUUCCAGUUGUUACUAAUUCCACAUCAAAGGCUGCCCAUACAUCAUCAUUGAGGCCUUUUCCUUCUCAACUUGUGCGAUCUAAUUCACAAACUGGUAAUAGCUCAGACAGAAAAUGGACUCAAAAUGAUUACCAUGAAAGAAGAGCUAGGGGACUUUGUUUUUUCUGUGAUGAACCGUAUAAGGGAGGCCAUGUAUGUAAACGAACACUUGGUCAAGGAAGAGCAUUGUUGAUUGAAGGCAUCCCUGAGGAAGAAAUAGUUGAUUCUCAUCCGAACCUUGAAGAAAGUGAUUCAAAUAAACUCAGUGGAGAUAGUAAGAACGAGGAGACCGCCACCUUACAUGUGAUCAACUGUGUUGAUAAUCCUAUGACUAUGCAACUCAAGGGAUUUUUUAACACACAGGAAGUCCAUGUUCUCAUUGAUGGGGGGGCUACUCAUUCAUUUAUUCACCCAAGUUUGUUGCGAGACUGUAAUAUCAAGGUUGACUAUAAUAGUUCUCUGCAGGUUGUGGUUGCUUACGGAUCAAAGGUACAAUCAGCCGGGAAACUACAAAUUCAGUUACAAUUACAAGACACUCCGGUAGACACUGAAGUGUUUGUUCUUCCCGUUAAUGGUUGUGAAAUUUUGUUGGGUGCUUCUUGGUUGCGAACCUUGGGUGAUAUAAUCUGGAAUUUUGAAAAAAUGUCAAUGAGAUUCACUUUGCUUGGAAAAUCAUACUUUCUACAGGGUAUUCUAGCUGGUGAAAUGUCAAUGGUGAGUUCUGCAACUAUGACCAGAUUGUUAAAGCAAGAAAAAGAAGCUAUGUUUAUUGAACUAUUAGCCAUUUCAGCUACUGAUAACCAAAAGUUGAAGGAUGUUCACCCCGCUGUUGUUUCUUUAAUUGAUGACUUUGCUACACUUUUUGAAAAUCCAACCGGAUUACCUCCUCAUCGAUUACAUGAUCACAAAAUAGAGUUACUUCCAGGUUCUAUUCCUGUUAGUGUAAGGCCUUAUCGGUAUCCUCAAUUUCAAAAAAAUGAGGUGGAAAAAAUCUGUGCGGAACUUCUAGCAGGAAGAGAGAUACAACCAAGUACUAGUCCUUUCUCUUCUCCAGUAAUUUUGGUUAAAAAGAAAGAUGGCAGCAACAGGAUGUGUGUUGAUUAUAGGUCUCUCAAUGCAGUAACAGUCAAGGAUAAGUUCCCCAUACCAAGUGUGGAUGAGUUAUUAGAUGAGUUGCAUGGUUCAGUGUACUUUAGUAAAUUGGAUUUGCGGUCAGGGUACCAUCAGAUACGAAUGCAUCCAGCUGAUGUCCACAAAACAGCUUUUCGAACUCACCAAGGGCACUACGAGUUCCUUGUGAUGCCAUUUGGUCUCACCAAUGCUCCCUCCACUUUUCAAUCCUUGAUGAACGAUAUAUUCAAGGAACACUUGAGGGAAUUUGUCCUAGUGUUUUUUGAUGACAUUCUUAUUUACAGUAAAUCCAUUGAAGAGCAUCUGAAACAUUUAACUAUGGUUUUUUCUAUCUUGAAGAAACAUCAGUUAAAGGUUAAGAUGAGCAAGUGUACAUUUGGAGCUAAAAGUAUGGAAUACCUUGGACAUGUGAUUUCAGAAAAAGGGGUGGCAGUUGAUCCAAAAAAAAUUGAAGCGAUCAAGAAUUGGAAGAAACCUAUGACUCUAAAGGGAUUGCGUGGUUUCUUAGGCAUGGCUGGGUAUUACAGAAAGUUCGUGAAGAAUUUCGGAAUCAUUGCAAAGGUUUUGACAAACAUGCUCAAGAAGGACAAUUUUGUUUGGACCUCUGAGGCCGAAAAGUCUUUUGAAGAGCUGAAGGCAACUUUAUGUUCAACACCAGUGUUAGCUUUACCAGAUUUCACAAAAAAAUUUGAUGUUGAGUGUGAUGCUUCAGGCCUUGGGAUUGGAGCAGUUCUUUCUCAAGAUGGUCACCCCAUAACAUAUCUCAGCAAAGCUCUAGCCCCCAACCAUUUAGCAUUGAGUGUUUAUGAUAAGGAGAUGAUAGCAGUUGUUUUUGCAGUUGAGCACUAG